UUUGUAAUACGCCUAAAAGAAGAACGAGUCGAAUACAAAAAACUUCAAGUAGAAUUUGUUAAGAACAUCGAAAACUGGGAAAGUAUCCACAUAAUUAAUAAAGUCAGUUGUUCCCGCCACAGAGGUUAAGAAAUAAAGAGAAAUGGCAGCUCGUUCGAAAACCCUAAUGGAAUUUCUCCAGCAACCAGCGGCGAAACGGACCAAGAGAGUCUCUUCGCCUCCACCACUAAGCACCCGCACCCUUUCCGACGCCGCUUCCACUUCCACUUCCUUGUCAGCCAAUUCUUUGGAGCAGAAGGCGAGGAUGGAGUUCAACAGAGCCCUCGCCUUUUCCAGGCGAAACCUCAAACUCUGCACCGAUAAAGUCUCGCGAUCAACGGCCGCAGGAGGAGUGGGGUAUGUGAAGUUGGAGGAGCUACUGGUGGAGAAUACAUGGUUGGAAGUGCUGCCUGGGGAGUUUCAAAAACCUUAUGCGAAGAAGUUGUGUGAAUUUGUUGAGAGUGAGACAUGCAACUCUAGCUCCCCAAUUUACCCUCCUCAGCAUCUUAUCUUUAAUGCGCUUAACACCACACCGUUUGACCGGGUGAAGGUGGUUAUUAUUGGACAGGACCCAUAUCAUGGACCAGGCCAAGCGAUGGGCCUCUCUUUCUCGGUGCCAGAAGGUAUAAAAGUUCCUUCAAGUCUGUUAAACAUUUAUAAAGAACUUCAACAAGAUUUGGGAUGUUCAAUUCCAUCUAAUGGGAAUUUAGAAAGAUGGGCUGUACAGGGUGUUCUCCUGUUAAAUGCUGUUCUUACAGUUAGACAACAUCAGGCUAAUUCUCAUGCCAAAAAAGGGUGGGAGCAGUUUACUGAUGCUGUGAUUGGAGCAAUAUCACAGAAAGGAAAAGGAGUUGUUUUUCUUCUUUGGGGAAAUUACGCUCAAGCCAAAUCAAGGUUGAUUGACGAAUCAAAGCAUUAUGUUCUGAAAUCAGCACAUCCUUCUGGUUUAUCUGCACACAGAGGCUUCUUUGGAUGCAGGCACUUUUCUCGUACAAAUCAGAUCUUGGAGAAAAUGGGAUUACAUCCAAUAGACUGGCAGUUAUAAUGCAUGCAUCAGAAACCCAUUUUACGGAGCCUCAAUUUGAAGUCUUCUUUUCUGUCUCAACCACAAAACAUAGCAUGAUCCUUGGCCUUUCGGAUGUUAUAUAUUGAUAUUAUGAAGUAGUAAGACGGAAAAUAUGAUGUGUUAUAUAUAAUAUAUGCAGAGGUUAUCAACUAUAUGCCACAGUCAGUGUCGUCUGUUCUAAUUUUAUCCAGGCUAUGUUCAGAGUCGGGCCUCAAAUUAUCUCAUCUAAAGGCUUAGAGUGAUUUUCUUCCAGCACACUUGACCAGCAAGCAUGCAUGUAUAUGUCUGUCUGGAAAUGAAGAUUGCUGCUGUGGUUCCGCUGCUUUUGUUUUAGUUCAGAUGAUGUUGAAUCCUGUUAUGUAAGUAUCGUUUACGCUACUACAUAUUCUCGAACAAAAGUUGUGAAAUUAAUGGUUGAAGUUGUGGUAGUACAUCUAUUACACGCUAUUUUUUUUUCAUGUAAUUCCUUCCAGAACCUUGAACCUCGUCAUAUUCUUCGUCUGUGAACAAUAGUUGUAGUUACAAUGGCUGUCCUAACAUUCAAAGUUUUAUAUCUUG